ACGUGCAAAGUUAUGUAUAAAAGGUAAUUUCAAUGUACAUUUUGUUCUUUCGGUUUUCUGCUGUCGCGGAAAUUUACUGUGCAGUAUCAAUAGUUGAAAAUGUUUCGGCGUUUGGCCUGCUUAGUGUCUGCAGAUUUUAAAUUUAUUGAAGGAAGAUUAAAAUGUUACGCUACCAUCCAUACAACAACUACAUCAAGGUUCGAUGUGUUGCCAGAACAUUCUAAGAACAGUUAUCAACCAGUUGCCGAUUUCUAUGCAGGAAAGUCAGUUUUAAUUACCGGCGGAGCUGGCUUUUUAGGAAAGGUUUUUAUAGAAAGACUGCUCUUCAACUGUAGUGAAAUAGACAAGAUUUUUGUUAUUCUUCGAGAAAAGAAAGGUGUUAAUGUUAAACAAAGACUGCGAGAUGUAUUAGACAAUCCACUUUUUUCAAAAUUGAAGGAAACAAGACCAAAUGCUUUAGAUAAAAUUAUUCCUAUAGAAGGUGAUAUGGAAUCACACCAAUUUGGUCUAAAAAGUGAUGAUCGAAAAACUCUUUUAGAAAACGUUUCUGUGGUAUUUCAUUCAGCCGCUGAGAUUAGAUUCCACAAACCAUUGAAGUAUACUUUAAGAGUAAAUGUGGAAGGAACGCGGGAACUUUUGAACGUAUGUCGUGAAAUGAAUAAACUAGAGGCUUUUGUACAUGUAUCGACAGCAUACAGCCAGGCAGAGAGAAUACAGAUUGACGAAAUCUUAUAUCCAUCGCCACACCGGCUAUCUGAAGUCUACAAACUACUUGAGAAUAACAACAGUCCUAAGGAAAUGAAGCAGAUUUUAAAAGGCAAAUUGAAUAAUUAUACGUUUUCAAAGGCAAUGGCGGAGGCGCUGGUGGCAGAAGAACAUGGAAAUGUACCAACAAUUAUUGUACGGCCUUCUAUGGUUGGUCCAAUAAAAGGGGAGCCACUUCCAGGCUGGUUGGAUAACUGGAAUGGAGCCACUGGAUUGAUAUAUGACAUGGGCCGAGGAGUCAACAACAUUUUGCAUGGACAGAGAGAUAUAGUCCUUGAUAUCAUUCCAGUAGAUUAUACUGUUAAUCUAGCAUUAGUUGCAGCAUCGAAAUGCAGUGAUAACAAUGAAGUGAAGGUUUAUAAUUCCUGCUCCAGUUUAGAUAAUCCCAUAACUUGUGGACAUUUAGAGAAAGUAUCUUGUGAACAAUUUAAAAAAUUACAUAAUGGUAAAAGUUCAUUGAAAAUUUAUUUCUUCAAGUCACCUUGGAUGGUAUCUGUAGUGUCGAUGUUGUUUCAAUUGACGCCAGCUUACGCAGCCGACUUCUGGUUGCGAUGUAGAGGAAAGAAUCCGCGACACGUACAAGAACUAAAACUAGCAAUAUUACGUCGAGAUCUACUCAAGAACUUUACGUCGGUAUCGAGGUUCUGGAAAACAAAAAACACGCGCAGCCUGUACGCGACAUUAUCACAGCGGGAUCAAAGACAAUUCCCCUUUGACCCAACAAAUAUAUCUAUUGAUGAAUAUUUCGAAAAUUAUUUCAAAGGGAUUUAUAAAUAUUUAAAUGUAAAAAAGAAGUAAAUAUUUAUAUCAAAU